AUGCACAUCAAGAACCCAGACCCAGGCCUGGCACGGUGGCUCACGCCUGUAAUCCCAGCACUUUGGGAGGCUGAGGCUGGCAGAUCACUUGAGGUCUGGGUGCCUGUAAUCCCAGCUACUUGGGAGGCUGAGUCAGGAGAAUCUCUUGUGACCUCCAGGACAGAAGUUCUCAUCCUUCACGGCUUCCAUGGCAACGUGUUGCUCACCGAUGGCAGGAUCCAGAACGACUUCCAGGUGCAGCUGAUCCAGUGCUCUCGCUACCAGGGGCGAGAAGUGAGAGGGCUGGGUGACAUCGAUGAGCAAGUGGGAUGGAAGGAAAGCACCUCCAAUGGAGAGGAGCAGGAAUGCAGCUCUGAGCUCGUGUGCUUCCUCACAGCUGCUGAAAAGAGCCUGAUGCAUGAUGCCAGGUGGAGGUUGAGGGACCCACCCUUGCUCUUGGUUCUCAGCCCUGGGGGAGAGCACUUCUGCUACUGA